CAGCAUCGUUUCUAAUGGUUCCAGAAAAUGUUUUGGAGCAAUAAAAUAGAUUUUUUACCAACUUCAUCUGGCAACAAUACAAUCUCAGACAAACCAAUUGGAAGAGAUGCGCUCUGAAAUCACCAAAGUCUCCGGUUCCAAGUCCAGUGUAGAGAAGGAGGUGCACAAUUUAUUGUUGCAGUUGCACUCUUCUCAGCUGGAAUUACAAGCAAGCAAAGGUUUCAACGUUGAUUCUGAUGCUAUCAAGAAGAAACUGGAGGACGAGAUGACAAAACGCAGUCAAGAAGUGAUGCAAGUCUCCAGAGUCGAAGCAGAAGUAAAACAGUUGAAAAAGGAGAACCAUGAGUUACGUCAGUACAUCUUGGCUCUGCAGAGUGAGGUCUACGGCGCCAGGUUGGCGGCAAAAUAUUUGGAUAAAGAACUCGCUGGAAGAAUUCAACAGAUCCAACUUCUUGGACGGGACAUGAAAGGCGCAGAACAUGACAAAUUAUGGAACCAAUUAGAAGCUGAGAUUCAUCUGCAUCGACACAAGACUGUCAUACGUGCAUGCAGAGGACGAAACAAUAUCAAGAAGAAAUUACCAGUUCCACCAGGCCAUGGUGGCAAAGAGCAUGGCGUACCAAUUCUGAUAUCUGAGAUACAUCCUGGGCAACCUGCUGAGCGAUGCGAAGGUUUGUACGUUGGUGACGCCAUCUUGUCUGUAAAUGGAGAUGAUUUAAGAAAUGUGAAGCAUUCCGAUGCCGUUCAGAUUUUGUCUCAACAGCAAGGCCAGAUUGAACUGGAAGUUGUCUUUGUAGCUCCUGACCAAGAUAGUGAUGACGAAAAUCAUGAAUAUGAAGACGAAAAUGGAUUUCGUUACCGAAUCUAUGAUGACGAUGUUGCCAGUGACAGUGAUGUGAGUAACGGCCAGGGCGAAAGUCCUUUAGACAAUGAACUGAGGGAAAAUGGUCCUUUGCUGCCACAUAACACCCACACAGUGAAAAUUGAGGGUCAGAGUAAUUCUCCCACCCCUCCACUGACUACAGACCCCUCUCUUGGCAGCCCUGCCAGAACCCAACAAGUUAUCCCAGACAGUAUUAACAACACAGACCAAGACAGUGUAGUUCUUCAAAGUCCAAACAAAGGCAGACCAGCUGAUAUCAAGAAUAACCCAGAGGAAACAGCCACAGAUGGGCCGCCGCAAGAGGAAGACGUAGAGGAAGAAGAGGACCUGAUGAAGGUUUCUGACAGUCCAACACGAGAACAACCGACAAGUCCUAGUCAACUUCCACCGUAUAUCUCUGCUACGGAUAACGAGAUCAAGCAGUUUGCAAGUUGAUAUGCAAUAAUAAUAUCCUUCAUGCCAUUUCUACGCCUGCAUCUGUAAUUUCAAUGUGAACGCUGUCUCUUACACUUUAAACAUUAAAUUAGCCUCCAAGAACACACGUUAAACCAUUCUCUCAAAGAACACAGAUUAAAACCCUUCUCCAGCAUCACAUUAAGCCAUUCUCUCAAAGAGCACCCAUUGAAAAAUCUUUCCAAGAACACAAUUUAAACUAUCCUGUUAGAAUACAGACUAAACCAUUCUCCAAUAAAAAAAAAAAAAAACUUUCUCCAAGAACAUGUGUCAAACCAAUAUGAAAAUCCUCCAAACUUUAACAGUUUUUAAUUCUUGUUGUUGUUGUUGUUUAACCCCGGGUCAAGUAUAACCAAGCAGUUCUAUGACCAUUCCAUCAUAUUUCCAAACAUUGUGUCCAAGAAUACAUUACCCAGUAUGUACUUCUGUUUUUAAAGGCUGCAAGGCAUGUUCUGAGUGGAAUUUGACUGUACUUUCUUGCAGAUUGAGUAACUAUGUGGAGACACCUAGAUUUUUCUUUUUGUUUCAGUUUCUUUUGAUUUAUUCUUCCAACAAGGUACAUACAGCAAGGUACAUGUAACUGGGUACAUGCAACCAGGUACAUCAAUAUAUUUACAGUUAGGUACCUACAACAUGCUAGACCCCAGAUCAGAUGAUUCUUGUUUGGUUUUUUGCAGUAUUUUUCUCAUUAUAGCAAUCAGUAUUGUCCCCAAGUAAUGAUACAUCUGAUCUCGGUCAGGAAUUAAACCUUUAUCUUUAAUUUACCAAUGUGUCUGUUAUAGUCCCCACUGAGCCAUUAUUCUACAAGUUAAUGCUUGUUUUCCCAUUUUAGGGUUCUCCCUUAAACAUUGAAAUAAAAACAUUUACACUCAUUCUUUUUUUUUUGCUCCUCCAAGAUCUGCACUGUGGGCCAGUGGUAAAAUAGACCCAAUUGGUAAAGUAAAAUUUUCUGGUUCAAUCUCUGGCCAAGUUUAGCAACUUAACCUGAGAAUGAUUAGAGAGAAUACCAGCCAAAUUGUUAUGUCAGCAAAACUCCCAAAGCAAAGAAAAUAAAACAACCAAACUU